CGGACUGGAGCAGCAGGAGGGAUAAAAGAGGCGGGACGUCUCUGGAGCCGCGAACCUGGGAACCCUUGCCCCCACUUGCUCUGAGCACUGGGAUCCUGCUGGAAACUCCAGGACAUGGGCCUCAUAUUGCGCUCCUGCAGCCUCUGCCCCCAUCUCUACCCUGGGCUGCUGCUCCUGGGGCUGUUGCUCCUAUCAGCUGUGGUCACAGUCGUCAGGAGCGAGGACCCUGAAGAAGAUAGGGAGUUUCAGUGCAUGUGUGCAAAGACCAGGUACAAAGUCAAAGUCAAGGACAUCACCAACCUGGAGAUGAUCAAGCCAGGACCCCUCUGUGCCACCACCCAGAUGAUAGCUACACUGAAGAGUGGGAGUAGAGUUUGCCUUGCAGGGCAAGUCUCCUUCUUUAAGGCAUUAAUUGGAAAACUCAUGCAGAGGUAGUUUCUACCUGGCUAAAUGUGUACUUUGCUAUAUAACAUGUUUGGGUGUUACCCCCACCACACACAUACACACACAUUCGCUCUAACUAAAAAAGAAUCUUCUAAUGCUUAUAUUAUCCUUCAAAUCUUCAAUAAA